CGCCAGUAAACACUGGAGAAGAAAAAGCUGAUGCUCGUCUGAACCGCUUUAGCCCCUCGAUUUAUAAAAAUAAAAGCACAUUAUUGUGUCUGGCUCUGAGGAUUUAAACCCCCUGAGUUGUGUGAGGACAUGAAAACCGAGAUAUCCAGGGAUGGAGGGACGUCAGAAGUCCGUGUGAAGAAAGAGGAGACGCUGGAGCUGAAAAUCUACAACCAUGGAGACGACCUCGAUAAUCCACCUGAUGGUCUCUCUGUUAAAGUGGAAGAUCCUGACAAUAAAGACUACCUCUACUGCGAAGUUUGCAAAUCCUUCUUCCUCAACAAAUGUGAGAUUCAUGGACUGCCCCUCUUCAUCCCAGAUACUCUUGUUCCCAUGGGAGUCCCUGACCGAGCCAGACAAACUCUUCCUCCUGGGCUAGAAAUCCGGAAGUCCAGUAUCCCUGAUGCAGGCCUGGGAGUGUUUAAUAAGGGGGGUACUGUUCCAGUAGGUGCACACUUCGGACCCUACCAGGGAGAGUUUGUAAACGGAGAGGAAGCCGGGAACAGUGGAGACUCCUUGGUUGUAUACAGGAGCAUGCAGUGUGAACAAUACAUUGAUGCCAAAAGAGAGAUGCAUGUGAAUUGGAUGAGGUAUGUGAAUUGUGCCCGUAAUGAAGAAGAACAGAAUCUUGUGGCAUUUCGGUAUCGAGGGGGAAUUCUGUAUCGUUGCUGUCGACCCAUUAACCCAGGACAUGAGCUCUUGGUGUGGUAUGAAGAGGAAGAACUCAGUCCUGCACCUACAGGAACAACCAGACAGCAAGAAGUAAAGAACACUGAAGUAAAGAACGCACUGCUACAAGUCUUUUCCUGCUCCACAUGUCCUCGUUCCUAUACAUCUCAAAUUUACCUCGACAAACACAUCCAGAGAUGCCACUAUAACGUGUAUGUGCGACUACGGGAAUCAGGAGAGAUUAAAUGUGAGCUUGAGAUCCCCUCCAGAUGUCAGCCAACAUCAGCUAAUACUCUCAGUUCUGACACUUCUCAUAAUGGUAUACAGAAGGAAAUUCACCACUGCUCAGACUGUGGAAAGAGUUUUGGUUAUCAGGAUGCAUUCAAGACGCACCAGCGCAUUCACACAGGAGGAAAGCCACAUCACUGCUCACACUGUGGAAAAAGUUUUACUGGACAGAGUGCUCUCCAACAACACCAGCGCAUUCACACAGGAGAGAAGCCGUAUCACUGCUCACUGUGUGGGAAGAGUUUUACUCACCAGAGUGCUCUCCGACGACACCAGCGCAUUCACACAGGAGAGAAGCCGCAUCACUGCUCACAGUGUGGGAAGAGUUUUACUCUGCAAGGUGAUCUCCAACAACACCAGCGCAUUCACACAGGAGAGAAGCCGUAUCACUGCUCACAGUGUGGGAAGAGUUUUACUCUGCAAGGUCAUCUCAAACAACACCAGCGCAUUCACACAGGAGAGAAGCCGUAUCACUGCUCACAGUGUGGGAAGAGUUUUACUCGGCAAGGUGAUCUCCAACAACACCAGCGCAUUCACACAGGAGAGAAGCCGUAUCACUGCUCACAGUGUGGGAAGAGUUUUACUCUGCAAGGUCAUCUCAAACAACACCAGCGCAUUCACACAGGAGAGAAGCCGUAUCACUGCUCACAGUGUGGGAAGAGUUUUACUCGGCGGAGUAAUCUCCAACAACACCAGCGCAUUCACACAGGAGCGAAGCCGUAUCACUGCUCACAGUGUGGGAAGAGUUUUACUCACCAGAGUGCUUUCCGACGACACCAGCGUAUUCACACAGGAGAGAAGCCGUAUCACUGCUCACAGUGUGGGAAGAGUUUUACUCUGCAGAAUCAUCUCCAACAACACCAGCGUAUUCACACAGGAGAGAAGCCGUAUCACUGCUCACAGUGUGGGAAGAGUUUUACUCACCAGAGUGCUUUCCGACGACACCAGCGCAUUCACACAGGAGCGAAGCCGUAUCACUGCUCACAGUGUGGGAAGAGUUUUACUCACCAGAGUGCUUUCCGACGACACCAGCGUAUUCACACAGGAGAGAAGCCGUAUCACUGCUCACAGUGUGGGAAGAGUUUUACUCUGCAGAAUCAUCUCCAACAACACCAGCGUAUUCACACAGGAGAGAAGCCGUAUCACUGCUCACAGUGUGGGAAGAGUUUUACUCAUCGGAGUCACCUCCAACGACACCAGCGCAUUCACACAGGAGCGAAGCCGUAUCACUGCUCACAGUGUGGGAAGAGUUUUACUCAGCAGAGCGCUCUCCAACAACACCAGCACAUUCACACAGUAGAGAAGCCGUAUCACUGCUCACAGUGUGGGAAGAGUUUUACUUGGCAGAGUAAUCUCCAACAACACCAGCGCAUUCACACAGGAGAGAAGCCGUAUCACUGCUCACAGUGUGGUAAGCGUUUUACUGGACAGAGUGCUCUCCAACGACACCAGCGCAUUCACACAGGAGAGAAGCCGUAUCACUGCUCACAGUGUGGGAAGAGUUUUACUCACCAGAGUGCUCUCCGACGACACCAGCGCAUCCACACAGGAGAGAAGCCGUAUCACUGCUCAGAGUGUGGGAAGAGUUUUACUGGACAGAGUGCUCUCCAACAACACCAGCGCAUUCACACAGGAGCGAAGCCAUAUCACUGCUCAGAGUGUGGGAAGAGUUUUACUGGACAGAGUGAUCUCCAUCGACACCAGCGCAUUCACACAGGAGAGAAGCCGUAUCACUGCUCACAGUGUGGGAAGAGUUUUACUCAGCAGAGUGCUCUCCAAAAACACCAGCGCAUUCACACAGGAGAGAAGCCGUAUCACUGCUCACAGUGUGGGAAGAGUUUUACUGGACAGAGUGCUCUCCGACGACACCAGCGCAUUCACACAGGAGAGAAGCCGUAUCACUGCUCACAGUGUGGGAAGAGUUUUACUCAGCAGAGUAAUCUCCAGCAACACCAGCGCAUUCACACAGGAGAGAAGCCACAUCACUGCUCACAGUGUGGGAAGAGUUUUACUGGACAGAGUGAUCUCCAACGACACCAGUGCAUUCACACAGGAGAGACGCUGCAUCACUGAAAAAAAAAAAAAAGUUUAAAGUAGUCACAUUAAAUAUGGUUAUUAUGAUUGUUUCGGCUGAAAAUGACCUGUAAUUUGAAAUGUAUUGUUCAUGUUACUUGACUGUUUUAAAAUAUGUACCUUUAUAGUGAUGUUUAAAACAAGAUUAUUAAUCUUUUCUUUUGACCUUAAGUAAUCAUUAAUUACCACUAUACAAGUAACGAUUAAACUGCAAUUCUCAUCAGUGUAGUGCUACAGCAUGAGACUAAUUGUUAAUGGAAUUAUUACUGAACAGGAGUUUAACAUUACUAUGUUUAACUUAAAUGUGGAUCAAACCAAAUGACUAUGGAGCAGUGAAAUGAAGCUUGUCCAGUUAUAUGCAUCCGCCUUGUCUCACUGGGAGAGGAGAUGGCAUCGGUUAUUUAUAAUCAUAAUCUAGGAGUCGUACAAAAACCUGAACAAAAAUUCAGUCUGUUUGAAGUUCUUUAUCCUAACGUAUGUAGCUAAAAAAGUCUAUGCAGUUGAUUCAGCUCAUUAUUAUUUAUAGACCCGUGGUCUAUAUUCUGAAGUUCUUUCUGAAUUUGCGGAUUUCUUUAGACAACGAAUUAAUUGUUAGACAUUAUUUGUUUUGAUCACCUGGAAGACUCUGAGAACAGCAUUCGUGUCCAUUCUAGAUUCAGUAGGGGUUAAUCAGGAUGUCAUAGGACCUAACCCUAUUUUUGUUCAGGUUUUUGUAUGAUUCCUAGUGGUCACACUCUCAAUCUAAUACUUGUAUUUAUAUUAAGCAUAGGAAAUAUCAUCACUUCCACAGUCUGAAGCUCCCUCAGAUCAUUAUCUCCUCUCUUUUGAAAUGUUUUAGCAAUGCUAUGUGUACCUUGCACACCAUCGCGUCAAAAGUACAUUCACGUCAACGACUGCAUAAAGUUUUAUCAGUAGUCUUCAAAGUUAUCAACUUUUGAUUGGCUCACAGUCAGACCCCACAGAACUUGAUCAGCUAACUGAAUGCUGAGAGUCAAUAUUCUGCUCUACUUUAAUGUAGCUCAACUUAAAAGAAAAUAAUUCAGGAGAAAAAAAAACUAGCACCCUGGUAUAACAAUCACACAUGCGCCUUAAAACAUAAAAUUAGAAAAUGGCAUCAAACAAAAUUGAUAGUAUUCCAAUUGGCAUGGAAGGAGAGCCUCUGGAACUACAUGGACAAGCUUUUAAUGCUGCUUGAUCAACAAUUUUCUCCACCCUAAUAGAUGAUAAAAAUAAUCUUAAGUCAUGGAAUACUUUAGUAAGAAAAACACAGAAACGUAACACAGAAACAUACCUUCAAUAUGUAGUGUUGAUGAAGUUUUUUCAAUGGCAAAAUUGAAAAUAUCAGGCAAAAAUAUCAAACUAUUAAUUUAAAACUAGACAGUUUGAUAAGUACCCCUGAGAGAACAGUAUAACUACAUCACAGCAACAAUUUGUUUUACACCCCUUAGAGAGACUGAACUAAUUUCACUUAUUUCCUCAUCAAAAUCUUCAACCUGUGUACUUACCUAUAUGAUUUAUUUUAAACGGAUAACACCAGAAGCAAUCAAACCUCUUUGAAAAACAAUCAAUUAUUCUUUUAGCAAUGGCUGUGUACCUAAAUCCUUUAACCUAGCAGUUGUCAGACCCUUGAUUAAAGAACCUCACCUCAACCCUUGUCAGCUGUCCCAGUAUAGGCCAAUAUCAAACUUCUCAUCUCCAAGAUCCUCGAAAAAACUGUGGCAUAAGAGUUAUGCUCAUAUCUACAUGGAAGUAACAUCCCUCAAAGGUAUCAAUCAGGAUUUAGACCUCAUCAUAGCACAGCGACAGCACUGGUUAAAGUAGUAAAUGACCGACUACUGGCUCCUGAUUAGGGUUGUGUCUUCUUGCUUGUGCUGCUUGAUCUUAGUGCAGCUUUUGAUACCACUGAUCAUACUGUUCUCCUUGAUGGUCUAGAAAAUGUCAUUGGUGUUAAAGGAACGGUCCUCUGGUAUUUCAGGUCUUAUUUAACUGAUUAUUGUCAGUUGCUACAAGUAAAUGGUGACUAGCAUGCAUACAGAAAAGUUUGGUGUUCCACAAGGUGCCGUCUUUGGCCCAUUGCUUUUUUCUUAAAAUAUGCUACCUCUGGGUAAUAUUAUUUGUAAGCAUAGUAUUACUUUCCACUGUUAUGCUGUGGGCACAGUUGUAUGUUUCAGCAAAGCCAGAUGAGACACCAGCUUAAUAAAAUUAAGGAAUGUGUAAAGGACAUUCGACACUGGAUGCUUAUUAACUUCCUUCUACUUAAUUCUGGCAAGACAUUACUAGUACUUGUACUAGGACCACAUGCAGCUAGAAGUACAUUUUCUGAUUAAAUAGUAACUCGAGAUGGCCUUUCUAUUUCUUCGUGGGCAGCAGUAAAAGACUGGUGUGAUUAUUGGCUCCAGUCUUUCAUUUGAAGCCCAUGCAGAUAAUAUUGCUUGGAUAGCCACCUUUCAGCUCAGAAAUAUUGCAAAAAAAAAAGUAAUCCUGUAACUACAUGAUGCAGGAAAACUAGUUCAUGCUUUUAUUAGUUCUAGGUUGGAUUGUUGUAAUGCCUUACUGUCUGGAUGUUCCAGUUGGUGCAUAAACAUGCUCCAGUUAGUUCAAAAUGCAACAGCAAGAGUCCUUACAAGAACUAGAAGAUAUGACCACAUCAACCCUGUCUUAUCCACAUUGUACUGGCUCCCAAUCUAAUUUCAUAUUGAUUAUAAAAUACUACUAUUGACCUUUAAAGCACUGAAUGGUCUCGAGCCACAGUACCUGAGUGAAUAUCUGCCAUGCCUCCUAAGAUCAAUAGGUAUAGGCUAUUUUUUGGCACUUCAAGUAGAAAAGGCUACAUCAGGGGCAGAGCUUUCACUUACAAAGCCCCAUAUUUAUGGAUCAGCCUUCCAAGUAGUGUUCAUGACUCAAGACAGUUUAAGUCUAGGGUUAAGUGGUUAGGGUUCAGUUUCAUGGAGGCCGUGUUGUGCACUGUCCCUCCUAGGGCUUCUCCUCGAUAUUCCACCAAUGCCAUGCAGUCAUCCCCAUGUUGCAUUUGGGUUUUUCUUGGGGGAGGGUUUAUUUUAAGAUUGUGAGUAGGGAAGAGGGAAACAA